GUUAAUCUGCCUGACCAAACAUUUAGAACAUGAAUCUAACAUGGAACAUGGAUAUAACAUCUUCCUUGUAGUUGUUGCACUUAGCUAUACAGUUCAGAUCUGCUGCUUAGUGCCCUGUUGGCAGCUUUAGAUGAAUGAGAAAUGCCACAAGAUGUCCUUAAACUUAGCUUUAUUCCAGUGAGAACUGAAAGCCAAAGAGCUUCAUGGAACACAAGCUAAAGUUGAUGUUCGUCUAAUCUAUGGUAAUAGAGGCAGCAAAGGCAACUUUCUUCUCUGCGUUUAUUGGGCCUGCAAGCAGCCAGCCAGCCAAGCUGUUUUGAGUGAUCAGAGGUCUUUUACACACAGUCCCAAGAGAAGAAAAUCCAGACCACGUAGCAACCUGCUGUGAACAGCUUGCCAGGGAAUAAAACAUGCCAGCAUCCUUGAGAAAACUUCGGCAAAUGGCUAUUUAUCUGGGACUUUUAUCUACUGGAGGAAGCGCUCUUAUGUAUUAUUUCAUGCAAAAGAGUUUUGCAAGAACACAAUACUAUCAGAAGGCUCUUGAACAGCUUCAUAAAGACCCAGCAGCCCUGGAGGCACUUGGUGCUCCUCCUGUCAAAGUACAUUUCGUCAGACUGACAGACAAGAGUAAUUGCGUGGAUGUAUCACAAGCUCAGCUAAAGAUACCUGUGUCCGGAACAAAGGCAGCUGGAUAUCUUCAAGUCAGCUCAGAAAAAGAUUUCUCCCUUAACAAUUGGUGUCUGAAGGAAGUCACGCUGCAACUCUGCAACGGCCAAAAUAUUCCAGUGUACCCCUCUUCUGUGAAGAAUGCUGCUGGACAAGAUGUAUAAAACUGCAGUUUGUAUUACUUAUAUCCUCAUGUGAAAGGAACAGUCUAGAUGAUUGUCUCAAAAUAUGCAAUGUUUUUUGUAUUUUACAUUGCUGCAUCCCCCAAUGGCUCAAAAGUCAAGCAUAGCAGGGGUGAUAAUAGGCCAGAAGAUGCUCAAGUAUUAUUUUUCCACGUUUAAAUACUCUAGUCAGACCACAAAGGACAGUUUUGCUGACAGAUCACUUUUUUCCAGCAAAAGUGUGAGGGAAUUCCUCUCUCCUACAAAUGACCACUUGUACCUGUCCUCUAAAAACUGCUCCAUAGUGCUGGAAAACCCAUCAGAGCAUAUAGAUUGCAUGCAGCCUGCAGGGCAUGCUUUGCACUCCUGAUUUGUGGCAUGGGAGCAUUACUGUGUAAAAAAAUGAAGUGUGUGUGUGUGUGUGCAUGUAUAUGGGAAAUUAAGGAUAGUAACUGAGCCCUGCUGUCUAUUCCCAUCACCUGCAGUUCAAAAAGACUUUUUAAAUUUUUAUCUCUUGGGAUUUUAAACAUGGCACACAUGUGGACAUGUUUAGAUGUUUUCUUGAAAAUCUUCUAUUUAAUUCUUUAAUGAUAAUGAGCUGAUUCUAAACUUAUAGAUUUAAGUGAGCUUGAGAAGUGGGGACAAGAGACAGAGCAAGGAUGCAUGGUAGGAAGUUUCUACUUUAAGGCAUUUAUCUGCCUAAACAAGAGUAAAGCGUUGCCAACCUUUAGUUC